CGUGGCAAAGUAAUUGCAUUCUAUUCACCAAAGCUUCAAGCAAAGCUCGAAAAUACUCAACAAGCUUCUACAUCCUAGCAAAGGAGUGAAAAACACACCAUCCUAAUAUGAUGAACGGUCCAAAACAAUUCAUGCUUCUCGCAGCAAGUUUCUGCUUGUUUGCGUCUACAUCCGCAGAAAUUAUCCCCAAGAAAUCUUGGUCUGUUAUUGGUUACGAAGCCUUUAACAAAAAGAAAGGCACCGCGAAAGCUGUUGUGACUUCUGCGCGAGAGGCAAAAGAAAAAUCCGAUGCUCCGAGUGGCAUUGCCAAGGCCGUUGUUGGUGUUGGAGUUGCCGCUGCCUUCGCCACUGUCGGAGGGCAAGCGCUCGCGGGAGACCAAAGACCAGAAAUGGCUCUAGUCGAAGCCCUUCGCAAGCCUGUUGUAGCUGUAAGAAAAGUUAACGCCGGGGGAGCAGACGUUACUCCGGCAGCAACUACUACUGAAGGCGCAUCAAUCCCCAACGAGGUUUUCAACUUGGUAAAGGGUAUCGUCGGUGUUGGAGUCCUGAGUCUUCCAGCUGGUGUCGCUGCUUUCGGAAGCGCUCCGUCAGCUUUCAUCCCUGCUGGUAUCCUAAUCACAAUCAUUGGUAUCUUGUCCGGGUACGGUUUUGCUUUGAUUGGAAAGGUAUGCGCUUACACUGGAGCUCAAAGUUACCGAGAAGCAUGGAGCAAGACUGUUGGUGAAAGCAGUUCCUGGAUUCCAGCGUGGUCGGUAACCUUCAAGACUUUUUUGGCUUGUCUAGCGUUUUCUAUGGUUCUCGCCGACACAUUCUCAAGUUUGCUGGAGACCACUCGCAACCCUACUCUGUUGGUCGUAACAGGAUUCGUUUUGUUACCUCUUUGUUUGUUGAAAAAUCUCAAGUCAUUGGCCCCAUUUUCUCUAUUGGGUGUAAUGGGAAUGGCUUACACUGCUGUGGCAAUGACUCUGCGAUUCCUUGACGGAAGCUAUGCCAUGGGAGAUGAGACACAGGGCAAAUUCAUUGAGCAAGUUGCAAGUAGCUUGAGACCAAAAUUUGGAAAUUUGGGAGCCGAAAGUGUGUUUUCCCCUAACGCCUUGAUUCUGGUUUGCAUGUUGAGUACUGCAUACAUGGUACGUAUUGAAGAAGAAACCAGUGAUGUGUGAAAUUUAUUUUGUGCAUUCAAUUCUGAUGACUAUUUCUCUCUUUUUCAUUACAACAGGCACAUUUCAACGCCCCUAAGUUUUACCUUGAGCUGAAGAACAACACCAUUCCCCGUUUCAACUCUGUUGUUAAGUACGGUUUUGGGAUUUCAAUUUUCCUCAUGGGAUUCAUUACUAUGGUGGGAUUUUUGACGUUUGGAAAAGCCUGCGAUGGGCUCGUAUUGAACAACUACGCCGGUAGUGAUAUUUUAAUGGGAUUCAGCCGCGUUGCUGUUGCCGUGUCACUUGUUUUUAGCUAUCCUUUGGCGUUCACUGGUUGUCGGGACGGCUUCUUGGAUUUGGCAAACAUCCCGGUUGAGAAACGAUCCCCAAGAAUCUUGAAUCUAAUGACUUUCGGACUUCUUGGAGUAAUCACCUUCUUUGCAUGUGCUUUGAAGGACGUUAGCUUUGUCUUGGCAUUCGGUGGCGCAACUCUUGGUAACGCCCUCACCUAUGUUUACCCAGCACUGAUGUACAGAGCUGUUGUUGCCCAGCAAGGCCGUAAUGAGAAAUUCGGAGUCAGUGUUUCGCUGGCCUCUGCAGUACUAGGUAUUGUUAUGGGCGCAAUCGGUGCACAAAUGGCUCUGAGAAGCCUUUAGGCGAAGAGAAUGGUAGAAGUCAUUGUUUUUAGUUUUUACAAUUUGGAAAACGUCAUGAGAUUCCUUGCACUGAACCAAUCCUAUUGAGCAACAGAGAUAAACUUCUUCACCAUUUGGGAUAAUUUGCAGGCACAGGUUAACAAGUCACAAGUUAAAAGAUACUGAUCAUGAUUGAUGAUUGAAUGCACGCAUAAAGAUAAUCAGGAAAU